UCAGUUCACAUUAAUCCCAGAGAAUAGAAAAUCAGGAGCAAGUCAUUUUUAAAUAGGAGUAAUCAAUUUCAUAUAUGGAUUGUUCAUAUUUAACUCUUCCUGACCACAACACAAGUCCAUCAUUGUAAAGUAACAGUGGAAGGUAGCCACAACUGUGAUAUGAGAAUGUUUUCUUUAUGUGAUUCUGGAUCGUUCAGUGGUGCAGAUCACACUAAAGGAGCGGAGUGGCCUUUAACUUUUGUCCUAUGCAGCCCGGUGCUAAUGUUUUCUGGGUUUCACUGCUCUUUGGAAUUCUCCACCAGAGGGAGGACAAGGGAAGGAGAAGCAGGUUUCACCCGCAGUUCUGAGGAAAAGUUUGAAUCCGAGAAAGCAAGCAUUCAUGAAUUAAAGAGCUCUAGUGCAGUCUCUGCACUCUCGCUCUCUCUGCAUGCUUUCUCACUCAGCGGAACUGCGUGACGCCCAGCUAGUGCAGUCAUUGUAUUGUUGACCGCCUUUUGACCAGGGUGUUACAGUUCCUUUCAAAUUACGUUGUAGCGAGAUAUGGUUUAGGACACCUUCUUUGAAGAAGUCAGGUUAUUAUAAUUUAUUUUAGGAAAAGCUGAAGAUGAGAGUUCCGACAGGCAUGUUAUUAAAUCCGUCAAAGCAGGAUACACACAUUCAGGGAGCAGAUCUAUGAAGAUGGUGCGAGCUGACCACUCUUAAGGUUCACUGAGCCCUUCCUGUGUACCCAGGACUGUCUUACACUCAAAGUCCCUUCCAUCCAGAGUUUAUCUUUGCUCCACGUGUGUAUGGGGUUUGCACUAAAGUAAGACAGGAAUGAACCCCAAACUCUCCUGGGGAAACGGCAAACGUUACUCUCCCUUCCAAGGGUUCCAGAGCCUUCAUUUGCGGGGCAGGUGUCAGAGUUCCAAACUUUUUUCUCCAACAUUUAUCCGCAUUAAAGGGAACGGAACAGCCCUUCGGGAUGCUGCCUGGCUGCGGAGGAGAGCGAGGAGCUCCAGCCCCUAGGUCUCUUCUUGGGCCUUCAAUCUCCCCGGGCCGCUCGGUUCGGUUCCCGCGGUGGCGGUGGCUGCGGCAUCUCCGCGCAGGUUGCAGCGACCCCUGUCGGGGGUUCCCUACAGCCGCUCAGCGCGCCGCCGCCCCCCGCCCGCCAGCCCGGCCAGGCUCGGGAGUGAAAGGGGCUGCGCCCGGGAGCGCCGAGCCCAGGCUCCUCCCGGUGGCGUGUCCGCGCCUCGGGGUGGGGGUGUGGUGGGGAUGAGGGAGGGGGCGAGGCAAGGGGAGGGUGAGAAGGAGGCGCCAGCCUCCAACCUGCGGGCGGGAGGUGGGUGGCUGUGGGGCAAUUGAAAAAGAGCCGACGAGGAGUUCCCCAAAACUUGUCGGAACUCCGGGCUCGCGCAGAGGGCAGUAGCGGAGCGGCGGCGUCUGCUUGGGCGAUGGGAGUGCGGGCAGGACGGUGAACGCCUCUUCCUCCUCGGACUGCAAGCGCGCCGGACAGAGGCCAGGACAGGAGCCGACAGCGGCGGGAUCCACGGACUUUCCUGGGCAACAGGAGCAACCCCGAGAGCUAGGGCGACCGCCUGACUGAGCGACCGCUAGUCCCAGGUGGCCUGGACCGCACGCCGCGUCCGAGCCGCUCCCCGCAGGCAACAGGAGACGCCCCGGCGCUGCGAGAGCGCCGCAGUUGGGUCGCUUUCCCCCUCCAGGGAGAAACUUCUCAAACCCGAUCCAAACCCUGGGACCAAACUUGCCGCGUGUUGCCUUCGCCCGGAGCCGUCUGCGUAGAGCGUGCACUUCUCCAGCGAGAUGUCCGAGCGCAAAGAAGGCAGAGCUAAGGGAAAGGGCAAGAAGAAGGACCGAGGCUCCGGCAAGAAGCCCCCGGCGGGCGGCUCGAGUACAGCCUUGCCUCCAAGAUUGAAAGAGAUGAAAAGCCAGGAGUCUGCCGCAGGCGCUAAACUAGUGCUUCGGUGUGAGACCAGUUCUGAAUAUUCCUCUCUCAGAUUCAAAUGGUUCAAGAAUGGAAGUGAAUUAAAAAGAAAGAACAAACCACAAAACAUCAAGAUACAAAAAAAACCAGGGAAGUCAGAACUUGUCAUUCACAAAGCAUCGCUGGCUGAUUCAGGAGAAUAUAUGUGCAAAGUAUUCAGCAAAUCAGGAAAUGACAGUGCCUCUGCCAAUAUCACCAUUGUGGAUUCAAAUGAGAUCAUCACUGGCAUGCCAGCCUCAACUGAAACAGCAUAUGUGUCUUCAGAGUCUCCCAUUAGAAUAUCAGUAACAACCGAAGCAGCAAAUACUUCUUCAUUACCGACCCCGAAGAAUCGUAUUUUUGCUUUUUCUUUCCUGCCAUCCACUGCACCAUCCUUCCCUUCACCCACUCGGAACCCUGAGGUGAGAACACCCAAGUCAGCAACUCAGCCACAAACAACAGAAACUAGUCUCCAAACUGCUCCUAAACUUUCUACAUCCACAUCUACUACCGGGACAAGCCACCUUGUAAAAUGUGCAGAGAAGGAGAAAACUUUCUGUGUGAAUGGAGGCGAGUGCUUCAUGGUGAAAGACCUUUCAAACCCCUCAAGAUACUUAUGCAAGUGCCCAAAUGAGUUUACUGGUGAUCGCUGCCAAAACUACGUAAUGGCCAGCUUCUACAAGCAUCUUGGGAUUGAAUUUAUGGAAGCGGAAGAGCUGUACCAGAAGCGAGUGCUGACAAUCACCGGCAUCUGCAUCGCUCUGCUGGUCGUCGGCAUCAUGUGUGUGGUGGCCUACUGCAAAACCAAGAAACAGCGGAAAAAGCUUCAUGACCGGCUUCGGCAGAGUCUUCGGUCUGAACGAAACAACAUGGUGAACAUAGCGAACGGGCCUCACCACCCUAACCCUCCUGCCGAGAACGUCCAGCUGGUGAAUCAAUACGUAUCUAAAAAUGUCAUCUCUAGUGAACAUAUUGUUGAGAGAGAAGUGGAGACAUCUUUUUCCACCAGUCACUAUACCUCGACAACUCAUCAUUCCACCACUGUCACCCAGACUCCUAGUCACAGCUGGAGCAAUGGACACACUGAAAGCAUCAUUUCGGAAAGCCACUCUGUCAUCAUGAUGUCAUCAGUAGAAAACAGUAGGCACAGCAGCCCAACUGGGGGCCCAAGAGGACGUCUUAAUGGCAUGGGAGGCCCUCGAGAAUGUAACAGCUUCCUCAGGCAUGCCAGAGAAACCCCUGACUCCUACCGAGACUCUCCUCAUAGUGAAAGGUAUGUAUCAGCAAUGACCACCCCGGCUCGUAUGUCACCUGUAGAUUUCCACACGCCAAGCUCCCCCAAAUCGCCCCCUUCGGAAAUGUCUCCACCUGUGUCCAGCACGACGGUGUCCAUGCCCUCCAUGGCAGUCAGCCCUUUUGUGGAAGAAGAGAGACCUCUGCUUCUGGUCACACCACCAAGACUGCGGGAGAAGUAUGACCACCACCCUCAGCAAUUCAACUCCUUCCACCACAACCCCGCGCAUGAGAGCAACAGCCUGCCCCCUAGCCCCUUGCGGAUAGUGGAGGACGAGGAGUAUGAGACGACCCAGGAGUAUGAGCCAGCUCAAGAGCCUGUUAAGAAACUCACCAACAGCCGGCGGGCCAAAAGAACCAAGCCCAAUGGCCACAGUGCCAACAGGUUGGAAAUGGACAGCAACACAAGCGCUGAGAGCAGUAACUCAGAGAGUGAAACAGAAGAUGAAAGAGUAGGGGAAGAUACACCUUUCCUGGGCAUACAGAACCCCCUGGCAGCCAGUCUUGAGGCAGCACCUGCCUUCCGCUUGGCUGACAACAGGACUAACCCAGCAGGCCGCUUCUCUACACAGGAAGAUGUGCAGGCCAGGCUGUCUAGUGUAAUCGCUAACCAAGACCCUAUCGCUGUAUAAAACCUAAAUAAACACAUAGAUUCACCUGUAAAACUUUAUUUUAUAUAAUAAAGUAUUCCACCUUAAAUUAAACAAUUUAUUUUAUUUUAGCAGUUCUGCAAAUAGAAAACAGGAAAAAAAACUUUUAUAAAUUAAAUAUAUGUAUGUAAAAAUGUGUUAUGUGCCAUAUGUAGCAAUUUUUUACAGUAUUUCAAAACGAGAAAGAUAUCAAUGGUGCCUUUAUGUUAUGUUAUGUCGAGAGCAAGUUUUGUACUGUUGCCGUGAUUGCUUUUCCACAGUAUUUCAGCAAAGCCGCCCAUACAUUCAGUUUUUACUGGCUUCUCGUGCAUUGCAUUAUGAUGUUGACUGGAUGUAUGAUUUGCAAAACUUGCAACUGUUCCUCUGUUUGCUUACAGUAGCACCUAACCAGUACAUCUUGUAAUGGCACAUCCAUCCAAAUACUGUUCUCUUUUGUACGACGUUUUCUUUUGCUUUCAGUAUAUGAAAUGAGUUGUGUCUACUCUGCCAGCCAAAGGUUUGCUUCACUGGGCUCUGAGAUAAUAGUAGAUCCAACAGCAUGCUACUGUUAAUUACAGCAGGAAACUGCACUAAGUAAUGUUAAAUAUUAGGAAGAAAGUAAUAUUGUGAUUUAAAAAAAAAACUAUAUUAUUAAUCAGAAGACAGCUUGCUCUCACUACAAGGAGCUACCAUUUACUUUAUUUCCAUUUAUUUUUCUUGACAAAAAGCAACAGUUUGGGGCGUAGCAUAGAAAACGGGUUCUGGCUUGCUAACAGGGUAAAUCCAACACCUUUUAAGAGGACUCAAUUUCACUUUCUUUCUGGGGGAAUGACACAGCAGCUCAUCUAGUUGAAGAUCAAACCAUGGCUGAAAAAGGUGCAAUCAUUCUUGACUUGUGUUUUUCACUGAUUUUGGAGCUAGUGAUUGGUUGUGUCUUCUCAGCUCACAACAGACAUGCUAUGGCACAAAAACCCCAGCUUAAACAGCACACUCAGCAAUCCGUCUGAAAUACUUCUAGAGUGAAAUGUGCCUGCUGUACAUAGCGGUGACUUAUCAGCGUCGGGAAAUAGAGUGUCUAGAAGGAGUGAAUGUGUAGAAGACACAGGUGAAGAGCAGCUAUGUGACCUGGUUGCAGUUUUAAACAGUUCUGUUGACAACUCCUUUCUCCUCAUCAUCUGUCUCUUGUUUUUCAAUGUUGCUUUGAUUAGAUCAUAACUAUGCAUGAACAUUUUUGUCAGGAAUGGCCAAUGUGCAUGUGAUUUGUGAUUAGUAAGAACCUUCCACGAGUGAUGAUUCAUCAAGAAAUGUCAAUAGUAUUGGAAAGAUUGCACCUUUCCUUGCAGAAACGACCCCCUCCUAUGUACUGACCUCUCAAUUUGCAGCCUGUAUCACCCAUUUUCUCCCCUUUUCGCUUUACUGUCUUAAAAUUAAGAGGACUAAGAUGGGUCUAAACUUUGCAUGUUCUCUUGUCAUUGUAAAUCCAAGGAAGGCCUAUAGGUAUUAACAUUUGAAAUAACUGCUAAUUCAGGAAAAUAAGAGAUUUUUUUUUUUUAAUUGCUGGCCCCAUUUCAUGCCCUCCCUGAUAUCUGUCACAUCAGGCCAGAGCUUUACUUGGGUUUCAAGUGGCCUUCUAGGAGCCAUGGGACAAAAUGGGAAACAGAUUAGCAGAGGGUUCACAAUACCAGGCAUGAAGUCAAUAAAUAUAAAUGCUUCUUGUUUGCAGGUGAACUAUACCUAUUCCUUCACCAAAUCUCUAUGUUAAUGUUAAAGGGAAGAAAUAACAUGCAAGUACGUCUUAGAGGGAAAAUGGAGGCUGGGCACGAGGCAUACGCUUAAACUCCUACGUGUUUCUGCAGUCCACAGAGAUAGGUCUGUCUGCAGAUUCUGAAGUGACUUUGAGUAUUUGGCAUCCCAAGACGCCCUACAUAGUUCACAGACCACCUUCUCUGUGUUCAGUGUUGUCCGCCUUUGCCUGAUCACCUGCACUGAGGGCCGCGUCAGGCUGCACUGGUUGUACUGAUUUCCCAGUCCUGUAGAAAUGAGUAAGCUCAUGGCAGGGGGAAGAAGACAGGCAACCCUAAGAGUUUCUCUAAGUUAUUCUAAUACUGCUUUUGAAGAGCUUGAGUCAUUCUUAGACUAUUUCAAUGAAGAAAUUCCUAUAUUAAUUAAAACUCUAAAAUUUCUGUUUCAAAUCCUUCCAACUCUGGAGUAUUCUAAUGUCCCGUUCUGGAGGAUUUCAGGAAUAAAUAAAAUCUGUUGAGAGCAAUGACCAUUUUCCUCAGUAUGAAAAUUGCUGUAAAUUUUCAGAUUGCCAAAAUAUAUGAAAACUUAGGAUCAGAGGACAUUUCAUUUUCAACUUGAUUCUGGUCACUCACAGAGGUGGCAUUAGUUGGAACAGCGUUUCCAUCUGUAGAACAAGAGCUUCCCUUAACAAGAAAGGACAGCUGAUUCCUUGGGGCUACAUGCUGUCGCCACCAGAUUUGUUUUCACAGGGACGUCUCUGUGAUGUUUAAUUGCCACAUUACUCUCAAGCCUCCCUGUUUAUAAUCUCAGGCAAUCUCAGGCAGUGCUGUGGCAAUUCGAAGGAGUGGAACCUAUCAUAUGGAAAGCUUUGGUGGGUUUUCGGAUAGUGGAACUUGCCCAGAAGUUCAACAGCAACUUUGUUUCCUGGGCCUGAAAUCAUAUCCCGCUGAGGGGCAUUCAGUGGAACAUAGUAUG